AUGGAGCUUAUCGAAUGCGACGGAAGCGUACAACCGGAAUGGAUUCGACCCAGCCCCCGCAAAAGCGGCAAGAACGGGUGGAAAGGCAAGUGCGCUCACAUUGCAAAGAUACUCUGUUGCCUCUUUCAGGAGUGGAACAGACGAUACGUCUCUCUGUAUUGA